AUGCAGAUACCAAUAGUCAGAAGUUUUAAAUAUUGUUACAAUAAGGAGUUCAAGAAGAAACAAAGAAAACUGCAAGUUAGGGAAGCCAAUUUCAGGAAGAAGGAAGAGGUCUACAUGUGUGUUUAUCAGAAUCGAUUACACAGUACACACACUACACACAUACUGAUAUUUUUUCUCUCCGUCAAGCAGCCGUCUAUGGCAUUUCAACAGCAAAAAAAAAACCCUAAUUUCAGAUUCGAAGCUAAAAAGCAUUCCGUGAUGGAGACGUUUACCUCGGUGAAGAUAGAAAGUUUGAGAAAAUUUUGCGCAUCAACUCCCGAUACCAAGGCGCGAAACGCUACAAACCCUGGGGGAUUACAACACCGAACGAAUGCAUUGAUAAAUUUCACGUAA